UAAUUUUUAUAUUUUUUAUUUCUCCGACAUACUUUUAUUACUUUAAUGGCGUCUUUAAUAAUUCCAAAAACUUAUGUACAUAUUCUAUUUUUUAUAUUUGUUUCAAGUUUUGAAAUAUUCCAUAUAAAUUUUGAUAACAUGCAUAAUGAUAAUAUUUUUAAAAAGAUACAUCAAAAGGUUGAAUUAAUACUGAUAUCCCGCGAUGAAUUAGGUGGUGGAGGAUAUGGCGGAGGACAUGGUCCUGGUGGACUUGGCGGUGGACAUGGAGGAACUUUAGGUGGCCACGGAGGAGGUUUAAGUGGUGGAUACGGUGGAGCAGGAGGAUUAGGCGGUGGACACGGAGGUCUAGGAGGAUGUACUGGUGGAGCAUGCGGUGGUGGUGGCGGCGGACAUGGUAGUGCUAAUGCCCACGCUAGUGCAAGCGCAAAUGCCGGUGCCGGAAGUGGAGGCCACGGCGGUCACAGUGGACCGGGAGUAGAUCUAUUCUCCCGUGGUAGUUUCGGCGAAACCGAUGACGGUACAAGCCAGAGCGGUACUGUCGAGGGGGCCAAAGGAGUUUACAGCAGCAGCGCGGCGAACAUAGACAGUACCGGUAAAGGUACUUACUCCGUUAAAGCCGGUAAAAUCCCGGCGUAAAUCCCGCAUUUAAUUUUCACCACUUUUCGGAAAUUGGUUGCCGCUUUGCUAGAGAUCUUCCCGACGACCGAAGAUGCUGUAGCUGUGAUUAUACAAAUACCUAUUUUGACAUAAACGUAGUACCUGUAAUUUGAGGUCUACGGUUUAUUUAUUUCCUAAUCGUCAAGCGUGAUGUGACGCCUAAAAUAAAUCCAUGAAAUUAUAUAACA